ACUCGACUGGUGUACUGAUUAUGUCUGUUGUUAGCGCAAUACGAAAGAAAUAUUUGUUGGUUAAAGAUUAGCAGAAGAAAACUAAAAAUUCCUGUGUUAGAACAUUUUAUAUAGUUCAAACUGGUUCAGAACACAAGGAUGCCGGUCUGUCAAGACGGGGAGGAAGAUAUCUCCACCAUGGUUCGGUCGCUAAGUGAAUACCUGGAGCUGGACAAGAGAGCAAGUGCGGCCAAGGAUUACGCUCUCGAUCAUCCAGUCAUAACAGUGUUCUGGAUUGUCACCACGGCGAUGUGUGGAAUUCCGAUCAUCUGUUUUUUCACAUUUGUGUUUGCUACUAUCUUGUUCUCUGUGGCCGGGUUUGUCCUAAUAGAAGGUACCAUAGUGACAAUUGCAGCACUGUUGCUAGGUGCAGCUCUGUUGAUUGCUGGCUUGCUCUCCCUGGGCUUCAGUCUGACAAUCGUCAUGGCAUUCCUUGCCAUACAGUACAGCCAGAAACUACUGGAGCAAGUCAACAGUAGAGUGAAGAGUCACAAACAACUGGCAACCAGUGAGUGAACGAGUCGGUGUUCUCUAAGAUUGGACCACAGAGGAUUGAUUGAUGUGUCAUUUUACAUUUCUGGACCACAAGACCACAGAGGAUCGAUUGAUGUGUCACUUUACAUUUCAUGCUACGUUUUCAAUCACAUAAGAGUCAUUUGAAGCACAUAUGAAACUAACCAUGGGCCAGCGGGUAAGGUAGGGUCCAAGGAAAUGUCAAUUUGUCGUCACUUCUCUGUGGCUACAUUUUACUGAAUCAAAUACAAAAAACAACUGAGAAAUAGUUUGUCAUACAUUAAUUUUAUCAACUGUCACUGGCAUGUUUGCGAGUUUGGACAAGGACAUACAUUUUGUCCAUUACAACAUAAACAACAAUGCAUAUAUUACAAAUAUUUGACACCUGUACAGUAUGUUAUAUAAAAAACAAAUCAGUUUAAUUGCCGUUUCUGAAUGUGUAGCACUGAGUGAGUUUUCAACUGUUACAGGGUGCUUUAACUGCAUGGUUAAAAUAUAUUGUCUACAUGCCAAAACUUUUGUUUUUCUUAGCUAAACAAACU